AAAACAACAGUUCCCUUCUCAGCCUCCAAAAGCAACACAAUUUCUUCUAAAAUCCUCCUCAGAUGUCUCUAUAAAAUAAUAUUAACGAUCUGAUUUUCUUUGGGGUUAGCUUAUCUAAUCGUCUCAAAACCAUCGGCGAACAUUCACCGGUCAAGCUGGGAUUCAGAUAAUUUACUUACAAAUCGCUGCUGUUGAAAAGUUUGAUUAAUUUGAUAUGGGUGAUAACGAUAACAGUACUAAUUCGCCACCUGGGUCUCCUAAGGAAAACCCAGAUCAAGAUUCCGAGAAAAAAUUAACUGUGGCUGAUGAUAGCUCACUGGAAAGCAUAGUACGUAGGUUUCAAGGAUCUAAUAUUGAGAGCAAGAAACACAAAUUUUGGGAAACUCAACCUGUCGGCCAAUUCAAAGACCUCGGCGACACGAGUUUGCCGGAAGGCCCUAUCGAGCAGCCGACCCCGUUGUCGGAAGUGAAACAAGAACCUUAUAAUCUUCCUGCUCCGUAUGAAUGGACUAUUUGUGACAUUGACUCCGAGGAGACUUGCAACGAGGUUUAUAAUCUCUUGAAGAGUAACUAUGUUGAGGAUGAUGAGAACAUGUUUAGGUUUAACUACUCUAAGGAGUUUCUUAGGUGGGCUUUGCGUCCUCCGGGGUAUUAUCGAAGCUGGCAUAUUGGUGUUCGAGCUAAAACCUCAAAGAAACUUGUUGCUUUUAUAACCGGUGUUCCUGCGAGGAUUAGGGCGCGUGAGGAAGUUGUGAAAAUGGCUGAGAUUAAUUUCUUAUGUGUUCAUAAGAAACUUAGGUCGAAGAGACUUGCUCCUGUUAUGAUUAAGGAGGUUACGAGGAGGGUUCAUUUGGAGAACAUUUGGCAAGCUGCGUAUACCGCUGGAGUGGUUCUUCCGACACCAAUAACAACUUGUCAGUAUUGGCAUAGGUCUUUGAACCCGAAGAAGCUUAUUGAUGUUGGAUUCUCUAGGCUUGGAGCGAGAAUGACAAUGAGUCGAACAAUAAAACUUUAUAAGUUGCCGGAUUCGCCAGCUACUCCUGGAUUUAGAAAAAUGGAGCUUCGUGAUGUACCUUCCGUUACAAGGUUGCUUAGAAACUAUUUAAGUCAGUUUGUUGUUGCUCCAGAUUUGGAUGAGGAUGAUGUGGAGCAUUGGCUUCUUCCUACUGAGGAUGUGGUCGAUAGUUUCUUGGUCGAGAGUCCAGAAACUCACGAGAUCACCGAUUUUUGUAGCUUCUACACGCUUCCAUCAUCUAUCCUUGGAAACCAGAAUUAUUCAACUUUGAAAGCUGCUUAUUCAUAUUAUAAUGUUUCCACCAAGACACCCUUGCUUCAGUUGAUGAAUGAUGCACUUAUUGUUGCCAAACAAAAGGAUUUUGAUGUCUUUAAUGCAUUAGAUCUCAUGCAGAAUGAGUCGUUUUUGAAGGAGCUGAAAUUCGGACCGGGUGACGGCCAACUGCACUAUUAUCUUUACAACUAUCGGAUACGAAGUGCCUUAACACCAUCAGAGCUCGGGCUUGUGCUCUUGUAGUAGUUUCGCUCCCGAUGGCGUAUGCUUGUGGCUUCUUUUGCUGAUGAGUUCUUUCUAUGGUUUCCAGGGCAGCAGUAAACAAGAGUUUUUGGUGUAUUUGAGUUGAGAUGGUAUGUCUUUUAACAGGUGGAGACAUUUAUGAACGUUUUUGAGCAUUGAAAUUGAUAUCUGAAAAAAAAACAAUAAUUUUGAGAACUGAAAUGCUGUUUUAGAUUUCUGAGAUUUGUUCUCUCAUUUUUCUUGCAUAA